AUGGCACUGGAGGAACCUUACCAAAGAACCAGGCAAACCUUCAUUUCGAUUAGGAAAAAACCAAGAAGACUUGAGGAAAAUAAAACAAAGAGCACCAACAUUGGAGGAACCUUACCAAAAGACCAGGCAAAUUCUCAUUUGGAGGAAAAUAAAACCAAGAAUACAAGCAUUCGAGGAAUCUUAACCAAGGAACUGGCAAACUGUCAUAUUGAGGAAAAUAAAACCAAGAGUAUCAGCAUUGGAGGAAACUUACCAAAAGAUCAGGAAAAAGUGGAUGAUAAACCAAAUACCAAGGAGAAAGUGGAUGAUAAACCAUAUGACAAGGAGGAAAUGGAUGAUAAACCAGGUAUCAAGGAGGAAGUGGAUGAUCAACCAGAUAUCAAGGAAGAAGUGGAUGAUAAACCAGAUACUAAGGAGGAAGUGGAUGAUAAACUAUAUACCAAGAAGGAAGUGGUUGAUAAACCAUAUAACAAAGAGGAAAUGGAUGAUAAACCAGAUAUCAAGGAGGAAUUGGAUGAUAAACCAUAUACCAAGAAAGCAGUGGAUGAUAAACCAGAUAUGAAGGAGGGAGUGGAUGAUAAACCACAUACCAAGAAGGAAGUGGAUGAUAAACCAGAUAUGAAGGAGGGAGUGGAUGAUAAACCAUAUAACAAGGAGGAAGUGGAUGAUAAACCAGAUAUCAAGGAGGAAAUGGAUGAUAAACCAGAUAUCAAGGAGGAAGUGGAUAAUAAACAAGAUAUCAAGGAGGAAUUUGAUGAUAAACCAUAUGCCAAGAAGGAAGUGGAUGAUAAACCAGAUAUCAAGGAGAAAGUAGAUGAUAAACCAGAUACUAAGGAGGAAGUGGAUGAUAAACCAUAUACCAAGGAGGAAGUGGAUGAUAAACCAUAUAUCAAGGAGGAAGUGGAUGAUAAACCAUAUAUCAAGAAGGGAGUGGAUGAUAAACCAUAUACCAAGGAGGAUGCGUAUGCAAAACCAGAUAACAAGGAGGAUAUCAAGGAGGAAGUGGAUGAUAAACCAUAUAUCAAGAAGGAAGUGGAUGAUAAACCAGAUAUAAAGGAGGAAGUGGAGGAUAAACCAUAUAACAAGGAGGAAGUGGAUGAUAAAUCAGAUAUCAAGGAGGAAAUGGAUGAUAAACCUGAUAUCAAGAAGGAAGUGGAUGAUAAACCAGAUAUCAAGGAGGAAUUGGAUGAUAAACCAUAUAUCGAGAAGGAAGUGGAUGAUAAACCAGAUAUCAAGGAGGAAGUGGAUGAUAAACCAUAUAACAAGGAGGAAGUGGAUGAUAAACAAUAUAACAAAGAGGAAGUGGAUGAUAAACCAGAUAUCAAGGAGGAAGUGGAUGAUAAACCAUAUACCAAGGAGGGAGUGGAUGAUAAACCAUAUACCAAGGAGGAAGUGGAUGAUAAACCAGAUAUCAAGGAGGAAGUGGAUGAUAAACCAGAUAUCAAGGAGGAAGUGGAUGAUAAACCAGAUAUCAAGGAGGAAGUGGAUGAUAAACCAGAUAUCAAGGAGGAAAUGGAUGAUAAACUAGAUAUCAAGGUGGAGGUAGAUGAUAAACGAGAUAUCAAGGUGGAAGUGGAUGAUAAACCAGGUAUCAAGGAGGAAGUGGAUGAUAAACCAGUGUUUAGCUUUAUUUGUCCAUGUGACCUUGAUAAACCAGAUAUCAAGGAGGAAGUGGAUGAUAAACCAGAUAUCAAGGUGGAAGUAGAUGAUAAACCAGAUACCAAGGAGGAAGUGGAUAAACCAGAUAUGUGA